UUCAAAUCCAAUGUCUUGCUACUGCGACCACGCGCAGAGUCACCGAAGGCAACCUGCCUACUACUACUUUUGGGGGCACUUUGAAGUCUGACUCUCAUAUGUGCAACUGUUUACUUUUUUCUCAGGCUGAUGGGGCACGGGACGCUUAAAAAGUGCCAUGUGAAUUCAUGUCGACUAGCAAGGCAUGCAGAAAGCACUGAUACAAUGUAAACGCAUUCGAGAAUAAAUCCGCUGAGCACUCAGUGAUUUACACUCAUUUAACCGGAUCGUAGAAGUCCUUCAGAAGGAUAUAUGUUGGGUAAAGGGGCAAAGCGGAAACUAGAUGAGGAUGAAGAGGGGCUGGAAGGCAAAGCGUUGGCGGCAGGGCCUGGAGCGAUGGUCGAUGGGCUCUCAAAGGUCUCCUACACGCUGCAGAGGCAGACCAUCUUCAACAUGUCUCUGAUGAAGCUGUACAACCACCGGGCGCUCACCGAGCCCAGCUUGGAAAAGCGCGUGCUCAUCAACAACAUGCUGAGGCGCAUCCAGGACGAGCUGAAGCAGGAAGGCAACCUGCGGCCUCUCUUCUUCCCUCCUUCCCCUCCACCCGACGACCCCGUGGAUGAGGGUUUCCGUGAGGCGCAGCCUGCCUUCAGCGUGUUGUCCAUGGUGGCACCGCCGCUGUCCCAAUCCACAGCACUCUCCGCUCCAGUCCUUACAUCGCCUUCGUCAGGGCUGUCAAACCCAGCACCUCUGGAGGCCUGUCUCACCCCAGCUUCACUUUUAGAGGAGGACAGUGUCACACUUUGCACAUCACCCUCUCCGCUUGCUCCUCCUCCUCCUCCUCCUCCUCCGCCAACCCUGCCCAGACUCCCUUCACCUGUGGCCAGAGACAGUUUUUCUUCUGCCCUGGAUGAGAUUGAGGAGCUCUGUCCUUCGCCCUUACCUACAGCUUCAUCAGCGCCCGGUGCUACCUCCCACUCGUCCCUUACAGUGACCCUCCAAAUGCCGUUGUGUCUCCCCAGCUUAAACUCAGGGGCCUUGGACUCCAAAGACUGCAGUAAGCCUUGCAGCCCAAAGCUUGAAGGGCUGGUCCCGCUGCCCGAGGAAAGCUCGGCGGCGCCCAGUGCACCAGAAACUCUUCCUCCUAACAGCCUGGACAUGAGCACCUCACCCUCCGCCUCGUCCUCAGGCUUUCUGACAGACCUUGCCCUGGACGACAUUCUCUUUGCAGACAUUGACACCUCCAUGUACGACUUUGACCCUUGCACCUCAUCCUCAGGUGCAGCUCCCUCAAAACUGGCACCCAUGGUGACGGCGGACGAGCUCCUCAAGACUUUUUCGCCCUACAGCGGUGCUGCUCCUGCUGUCAGCUCAAACCAACCUUUCAAAAUGGACCUCACUGAACUGGACCAUAUUAUGGAGGUGCUUGUAGGAUCAUGACCGGGUUUAGAAGGGAACUGGGGAAGACAAUGCAAAACCAAUCAAAGAGUUUUUAAACAGAAACUAAGAAAGAAACUGAAGAAUCACUUUGUGAGUGUUUGGAGUUUUUUUUUUUUUUUUUUUUUUUUGUACAGUUUUGUGUUCGUUUUGUUUUUAAAGACAAAUGAAAUUGUCCAUUUUAAUGGUGAUGUUGCCCAGUACUACUUCUCAACACUGUGCAUGCACUGUGCUUGCCUGUCCCAAAAAUGAACAUGAAGAAAUUUUAUGGAACACACUUUGGCCUCUGGCAGAUCUGAGUGCCUUCAUUUAUGACCACUUGGUAAAUUACUCUUUGUUUGUCUUGUCCUAUUUUUUCUCAUCAUUUCUAAUCGAACAAGAUGGAUUAUCAGGCAGUAGCAUCUCUCUUACCCAUCCUCAACAUACAGGUGCAAAAAUGUGCAACGGCAGCCCUAUUUUCAUAUUUUUCUUUCAUUUUCACAAAGCACAAUGAUUCUAAAAGAGGAACUUGGUUGUUUUGUUUGUAUGUUUUUCUAUCCAGAGGUGUUUUAUUGCUUUUUAGUAAUAUUCAAAAUAGUCUGUUAAUAUGUGGUCAUUUAUUCAUUUUUUUUUUUUUUUUUUUAAAUAUCCAUUAAAGGGAUAGUUCACCAUGUACUCACCCUCAUGCCCUUUCAAACCUGGAUGAGUUUCUUUCUUCUGUGGAACAUGAAUAUAUUUUAAAAAAUGUUUUUUGUCCAUAUAAUGAACGUCAAUGGGGUCCAAUGUUAAAUUGCACCCCACUGACUAUUCUUUAAAAUAUCUUUUUAUGUUCCGCUGAAUAAAUAAAGCAAUGCAUGUUUGAAAUGACAUGAAGUUGAGUAAAUGAUGAUAGGAUUUUCAUUUUGGGUGAACUACCCCUUUAAACUUCCUUCAGUGAAACAUAUACAUUUAUGAAAUGUACUCAUUUAUGGAACAUGCUUUACCGGGUUAUUUAUACAUGGAUGUGUGUAGUGGUCAGAUAUUUACAGUCAACCAACCAAAUUUCUUGUGAUCUGCCAUAACGGCUCAGAUUUCAUGUGUUUACAUCUCAGCUGGCAAUGUAUUUAAUUUUUUUUUUACAGGUGCAUUUCUUUGAUUAGCCAAUGCUAAAACCCCUUUAUGCUACAAAUAAUGUAUGCAAUCAAUGCCUUCUGAUCAGUAAUAAGCAAACUGUCAACUUCUCUCAGCCAUUUCCUUUUUAUCUGAGUCAAGGAAUUGCCGUAACUUCCCUAUUUUGGCCUUUGUUUUGGCUUUAUAUCGGCUUUAUAUCAUCACUCGGGCUCAGUGGCUGGUUCGGUUUUAAUGCUACACUAAUGCACAUCAAGAGGGUCUAUGCAUGUCUGUUCAUGCAAAAUGAGGAAAAAACUGUACCGCACAUGUAAGUUUAUGGUUGCUAUUCAGUUCAUUUUCAAUAAUUUCCAUCAUCAUAAUCUUUUUGCCAAACAUUUCCUUCAUAAUCAUCUCUCACCAGUACAACGGUACAUUUCUGUUAACAUACUAAUGCAUGCAGGAUUAUAGCUCAUAAUUGUACAGAUGUCAGAUGAUUUUUGUAUGGUUUGGUCUUAUUUUAUCUUAUUUAUACCAUUGUUUGAGUUUUAUUAAUGGUAAUGUUCCAGACAGACUUUCUCUCUGUUGCCCUGCUGGGUUUUAGUGUCGUUUGGCCAGUAGGAAUGGUCACAUUACAUUUAAGUGGAGUUUAUUUGGUGGAGUUUAAGUAUGCACAAGUUUGGCGGGAGAGUAUUAUGCAUGUAUGUGCAAUAGGCAGCACAGUAUAUUUGCUAAAACACUUGCUAUAAACCACUGAAGUUGAUCAGAUUGGUUGGAAGGAUUAUUUUAUGUGCACCUGACAUAAAAGGGAAGGGACCAUUUAUCAUAUCACCUGUAUUAGUUUCACAUAGCUGUUUAUCGCACUAAACUAGCUCUCAUUAAUAAUGUUAGAUUUACAUACCGACAAAAACUGUGCAUUAUAUGCCUUCCUGGUAAGUGCAAUGUCAGUGAGGGAAGAAAACUUGUCAAAUGUGUAUUUUUAAUAAAUAUAUUAUACUUAAAAUAAGUGUGACCAUUAAUAAUCUGAGAAUUGAACUUCCUGUCACAGAGACCUAAGCUAGAGGUGACGGUUUGGAUUUGUUACCCAGAGUUCAAAAGAGAGAUUGUCUGAGAAAUAAAAACACGAGUGAAUGAGAGCAGAGCGGACAAAACUAUGGAAUCAAAACUAUGAUUACUGUUUCUUAUAGGAUUUUUGGAUUUGGAGUGUUUGUUUUAAGUUAUUUAUUUUUUUGUUUCCUGUGUAAAUAUAUUUAUUUUUUAUGUUAAGCUAACAACCAGAUUGUGAUUUGUACAGAAUAUGAGAUAGGAAUGUAUUAUGCUUAUGGGAAUGUAUCACUGCUUAUUAAUUGGGGUGGAAGCCAUUUUUUUUUUUUUUUUUUUUCAUCUUGUUUUAAUAAUGCAUUAUUUUGUGUCUGUUUAGUUUCUUGUAUUAUAAUUUGGGGUGGUGUUUGUGCUAGUCCUCUAGUCAAACACUCCCUGCCGCUAUUUAAUUAUAAGUAUUUAAUGUUUUAUGUAUUUCAGAUUGUGUGCAAGGGAAAGGUUUGUGAAGCAAUACUUUAUUCUCUACAAACUUCAGAAUUUCAAUCUUCCAAAGCCUAUUUCUGGGAAAAUCUUUUUGAUAACCCUCAAUGCCAAAUGUAAAAAAGAAAGGCAGCAUGAUUUCUGAUGAUAUUGGUGGUUGUUUUUUAACGGUAUCUCACUGUCCCAUGGUUCAGGCCAUACAUUCGGGGAAGUUUAAAGUGGUUUCAGGAUAGUGACCACUGGGAUUGUGUGUGUGCGUGUGCUUGUGUGUGUGUGCGUGUGUGUGUGUGUGUGUGUGUGUGUGUGUGUGUGUGUAUGAGAAACAGAGAGACAAAAUGUGGUGGAGGGUCUAAACCCUUUUUCUGCUCUUUAAGGAAGGCUGUAUCUUCAGGCCUUGGAGCUGUGCCUUUUUCUAUGCAAUAUUACAGACACAUUCAUUUUGAGAAAAAUAACCCAUCAACUGAUGAUCACUGUAUUUGCAUCAAGGUGUGGACUGUAGAAUAUAUAUAAAAUAUGGACAUGUGUCUAUGAAUUUGAAACAGUCUUACUUUUCUAGUUUUAUAUCAUACAAUAAACGGAUAAAAAAUA